CGCGCAGAAGAGCCGCGCGCGCACUGGCGGAUACCGGAGAUUAUUCCAGUGUUACACACCGAGAACCGGGAGACGCGCAGGAAUCCGGCCAGAGGGAGACACGGAGAGAGCAUUCCGACGGUGUGGAGUUCACCGUGUCCAGCCGGAAACAUGAGCUCCAGAUAAACUCAACAUGACCGUGAGCUGCACAUCUGUCCGUCUGCUGAACACACAUCUGCCGGACUCCUUUAAAACAUCUCUGUUUAUGUAUAUAGCAGACGCUUUUAUCCAACGCAACUUACACCCCUGAAGCUGCCCGAGGACCAGUGGGGGAUCGUUGCCUCCUCAAGGGAAUCUCCUCAGCUGUAGUGUUGAGCUGGUGCCGGGACUCAAAUCUGAGAUCUUUGCAUCCCAAGACAAAUUCUCUAACCAUUAGGCCACGGCUGCCCGCACAUCUUCUGAAAGGCUAAACUCAGAUUGAGAUCCAACAGAGUAAUUCUGCUUUAUCCUAAUGGAGAGACCACGGAUCGAGUCUGGAUAAACGGAUAAAGACAGAAGCAGGAGUAGUUCACCUCUCGGAGUGGAGCCGCAGUGUUGGGAGUCAGCUGACCUGAGAAACUGAGGAGUGUUUUCAUCAUCAGCGAGUGUGAGAUGGAGUCCCGGCGUGUGUUUUGGGUGUGUGUGCUGCUAUUGUCUGCCGUGUGUGUGUGUGCGUCUCUGGAGUUCGGCGGGGCGCCGGGGCAGUGGGCACGGUACUCCCGGUGGGAAGCGGGAUCUGUGGGAGAGCUCAGCUUCAGCCUGAAGACCAACAUCAGUAAAGCGCUGGUGCUGUAUCUGGAUGACGGAGGGAACUGUGAUUUCCUGGAGCUGCUGAUCUCUGGAGGAGUCCUGCAUCUGCGCUUCGCCAUCCACUGCGCAGAGCCGGCCACGCUGCAGACGGAGACGCGGGUCAGUGACGACCGCUGGCACAUGGUGCUGCUGACCCGAAACUACCGGCAGACGCUGCUGAUGGUGGACGGGGAGGCGCGAUCGGCUGAGGUGCGCUCCAAACGCAGGGAGAUGGCGGUGGUCAGCGAUCUGUUUGUGGGGGGGAUCCCACCAGAUGUUCGUCUGUCCGCCCUCACCUCCAGCACAGUGAAGUACGAACCGCCGUUCCUGGGUCUGAUCUCCAACCUGAAGCUGGGCGAGAUUCCUCCAGCGCUGAUCAACAGCCACGGCAUACACAGCGACCUGGAGCUCCUGUGCAGCAAACAGAACCCCUGCCUGAACGGAGGAGUCUGCAGCGUGCAGUUCGGGGAGGUGCACUGCGACUGCUCACACACACGCUUCAGGGGGAAAUACUGCAAAGAAGCAGAAGAGUACGCAGUUGAAGGUCUGGCGCACCUGACGUUAAACAGCCAAGGAGACUCUGCUCCAGCAGCAGGUAAAGAGGAGUCGGUGGCCACCUUCAAGGGGAACGAGUUCUUCUGCUAUGACCUGUCUCUGACGCCCAUCCAGAGCAGCACUGACGAGAUCACGCUGUCCUUCCGCACGCUGCAGCGCAACGGCCUGAUGCUGCACACCGGCAAAUCUGCAGACUACGUCAACCUGUCCCUGAAGAGCGGCGCCGUGUGGCUGGUCAUCAACCUGGGCUCCGGAGCCUUCGAGGCCCUCGUGGAGCCCGUCAACGGCAAGUUCAACGACAACGCCUGGCACGACGUCAAGGUCACGCGAAACCUGCGCCAGCACUCAGGCAUUGGACACGCUAUGGUCACUAUCUCAGUGGAUGGUAUUCUGACCACCACAGGCUACACACAGGAGGAUUACACCAUGCUGGGCUCUGAUGAUUUCUUCUAUAUCGGAGGGAGCCCGAACACAGCCGAUCUGCCUGGAUCACCGGUCAGCAACAACUUCAUGGGCUGCUUGAAGGAUGUGGUCUACAAGAACAAUGACUUCAAGCUGGAGCUGUCUCGCCUGGCCAUCGAGAGAGACCCGAAGAUCAGUCUGCAUGGGGAGCUGGUGUUCCGCUGUGAGGACGUGGCAGCCCUGGACCCUGUGACUUUCGAAACGGCGGACUCCUUUAUUUCCCUGCCGCGCUGGGACACCAAGAAGACCAGCUCCAUCUCCUUCGACUUCCGCACAAGUGAGCCCAGCGGACUACUGCUCUUCAGCCACGGCCGACCACAGGGCAGCAAGGAGACCCGGCCUGGCCGGGAGACCAAGAGUGACUACUUCGCCAUGGAGCUGCUGGACGGGUUCCUGUACCUGCUGAUGGACAUGGGCUCCGGCAGCAUCAAAAUCAAGGCUAGCAACAAGAAGGUCAACGAUGGGGAAUGGUGUCAUGUGGACUUCCAGAGGGAAGGAAGGAGAGGCUCGAUCUCUGUGAACAGCCGCUCCAUGCCCUUCAGCACCAAUGAAGGCAGUGAAAUCCUGGAUCUGGACAGUGACAUGUAUCUGGGUGGACUCCCGGAGAUGCGGCAGGGCCUGGUGCUCCCACCCGAGGUGUGGACGGCGCUGCUCAACUACGGUUAUGUGGGUUGCGUCCGCGACCUCUUCAUUGAUGGGAAGAGCCGAGACGUGCGGCGACUGGCGGAGAUUCAGAGCGCUCCGGGCGUCAGCAGCUUCUGCACCCGCGAGCUCCAGAAGAGGUGUAGCAGCGCCCCCUGUGCUAAUGGAGGACAGUGUAAAGAGGGCUGGAACCGCUACAUCUGCGACUGCACCGGCACUGGGUACAUGGGCAGCAACUGCGAGAUCGAGGCGACGGUGUUGAGCUAUGACGGCAGCAUGUACCUGAAGAUCCUCCUGCCCAGCACCCUGCACACGGAGGCGGAGGACGUGUCUCUACGCUUCAUGUCCCAGCGGGCCUACGGCCUCCUCAUGGCCACCACAUCCAAAGAGUCUGCAGACACACUGCGUUUGGAGCUGGACGGAGGACGCGUCAAGCUUACCGUCAACCUCGACUGUAUCAGGAUAGACUGUAACCUCAGUAAGGGUCCAGAGAUGUUGACUGCGGGUCAGAAACUCAAUGAUAACGAGUGGCACUCAGUCAAGGUGGUGCGGCGGGGCAGAAACCUGCAGCUCUCCGUCGACAACGUCACUGUGGAAGGCCAGAUGACGGGCGACCACACGCGUCUGGAGUUCCACAGCAUCGAGACGGGCAUCAUGACGGAGCGCAGGUUCAUCUCCGUCGUGCCCUCAAACUUCAUCGGGCACCUGCAGGGGCUGCUGCUCAACGGCGUCCCCUACCUGGACCAGUGUAAGAACGGGGACAUCUCCUACUGCGAGCUGAACGCACGCUUCGGCCUGCGCCACAUCAUCGCCGACCCCAUCACCUUCAGGAGUAAAGGCAGUUACCUGGCGCUGGCCACGCUGCAGGCCUACGCCUCCAUGCACCUGUUCUUUCAGUUCAAGACCACCGGCAGCGACGGCCUGAUGCUCUUCAACAGCGGAGACGGCAGCGACUUCAUCGUGGUGGAGCUCGUCAAGGGGUUCGUCCACUAUGUGUUUGACCUGGGCAACGGGCCGUCUCUGAUGAAGGGAAACUCGGAGAAGCCUCUGAAUGAUAAUCAGUGGCACAAUGUGGUGGUUUCACGUGACACCAACAACGUACACACACUCAAGAUCGACUCUCGCACCGUAACACAGCACUCUAAUGGAGCCCGCAACCUGGACCUCAAAGGAGAGCUGUAUAUCGGUGGAGUGGCGAAGAGCAUGUACAACAGCCUGCCGAAGUUGAUCGCGUCGCGAGACGGUUAUCAGGGCUGCCUGGCCUCCAUAGACCUGAACGGCAGAUUACCAGACCUGCUAGCAGACGCACUGCACAAAGUGGGACAGGUGGACAGAGGCUGCGACGGACCCAGCAGCACCUGCAGCGAGGACUCGUGUCUGCAUCAGGGAGUGUGUCUGCAGCAGUGGGAGGGCUUCUCCUGCGACUGCACCAUGACGUCCUACGGGGGCUCGUACUGCAGCGACCCUGGGACUACCUACAUCUUCGGGCGGGGAGGAGCCCUCAUCACCUACACCUGGCCCCCGAACGACCGUCCCAGCACACGGGCGGACCGGCUGGCAGUGGGCUUCAGCUCGCAGCUCAAGGAGGCGGUGCUGGUGCGGGUGGAGAGCGCCAAGGGGCUCGGAGACUACCUGGAGCUGCACAUCGAGCGCGGGAGAGUCGGCGUGAUCUUUAACGUGGGAACGGACGACAUCGUGAUCGAGGAGAGCGGAGUGAUGGUCAGCGAUGGGAAAUAUCAUGUGGUCAGAUUCACACGCAGUGGUGGAAACGCAACACUACAGGUGGACAAUCUGCCCGUGAUCGAGCGCUUCCCGGCGGGGAACUUUGAUAGUGAGCGGCUGGCUAUUGCUAGGCAAAGAAUCCCGUAUCGACUCGGUCGGGUAGUUGACGAAUGGCUACUCGACAAAGGUCGGCAGCUCACCAUCUUCAACAGUCAGGCCUUCAUUAAAGUUGGCGGCGGAGAGAAGGGCCGUAACUUCCAGGGCCAGAUCUCUGGUCUGUAUUAUAACGGGCUGCAGGUGUUGAAGCUGGCGGCGGAAGCGGACCCCAAUGUGCAGAUCCAGGGGAACCUGCGUCUGGUGGGAGACACACCCUCUGUCAUGACCACCGACACCACCAGCACCACCCCGCUCGCAGACAUGUCCACCACCAUCAUGGAGACCACCACCACCAUGGCCACCACCACCACCCGCAAGCAGCGCUCGCCUACCAUGAGGGACAGCGUCACGCAGAAUACUGACGAUCUGUUAGUAGCAUCUGCUGAAUGUCCGAGUGAUGAUGAAGAUCUCGAGGAGUGUGAGCCUGGAAACGGAGGUGAACUAGUGUUGCCAAUUAUAACUGUGGAUUCCCUUGACCCCCCAUCAAUUGCAACACGUUACCCUGUUAUUCCCCCGCCCCCAACCUAUCGCCCCUUCCUGACCUUGCUCGAGACAACCAAAGAGUCCGUCCCCCUCCCCGGGCGGCACCCCUGUCCGCUCGACCAGGAGGACUGCGAGGAGCCCAUGGAGGUCUCGGCCUAUGGUUCAGGCGAGAUGACGGAGUCCGAUGACGAGGAUUACUAUAAAAACUCACCCCUUGUCACUGACCGGACCGUACUCCCACCUCCGCCUGGGGCCGGGAACCCUCGAGGUGACCGGCCCUUUGCACGUUUACCCAAUUCCCACCGGCCACCGCUCCCCCUGACCCCCACAGCACCCCCGGUGCCCCGGCUCAAACCGGGUAUCAAUGCGCCCAACAUCCCCGCGGGUAAAAUGAACACUAGAGAUCAGGUGCUGCUGCCGCCUGCUCAGCCCUCGGGCGACACUGAUCACAGCGGGCGGCAUCGACACAUGCCAGGUAUAACAUAUCCCCCCAAUUUCCCCCAUGUGCCCACUACAGACCCCUCGUCGCCGGACCGAGGGCCGCCUGGAGCCGUGGAGGUGAUCCGGGAGUCCAGCAGUACCACGGGUAUGGUGGUGGGCAUCGUGGCAGCGGCUGCCCUCUGCAUCCUCAUCCUGCUGUACGCCAUGUACAAGUACCGCAACCGCGACGAAGGCUCCUACCAGGUGGACCAGAGCCGCAAUUACAUUAGCAAUUCAGCCACGCAAAGCAAUGGCGCCCUAGUGAAGGAGAAACAGCCCGGCGCUGCCAAGACGGGCACCAAGAGCAAGAAAAACAAAGACAAGGAGUAUUACGUCUGAGCACGGCCCCAAGGGGGACCCGAGGGGAGAAGGAGAGAGAUAGGAUGAGGACUGGAAAGGAGCAGUUUCACGUUUAGAGUCUUUUUUAAUUUCCCAUCUGGUCUAGCCGUCGGCCUCAUUUCCAGAGCUAAAGAGUACGAGAGUGAGUGUGUCGAGGGUUUGGAAACUCUCAUUUCCAUUUUUGAUAGCUAAUUACCUGUCGCACUAACCUUUUGUACUGAAGAGCAGUGGACUUUAUCCUCACUCGUAAUUCCUUUUUUGUAAAUACUACGCGAGUCCUCAAUAUUCAGGUCAUCUCCUAGCCUGGCAGGCUGUUUUGCGCCGUCCAUCGCUGCUCCGUCAGAGCGUUGGAUGCGCUUGAGAACGGUUUGGGAAUGAGAGCCGCUUGGCUUCGGUGACGUUUGAGGAGCAGAUGGUGGCGAACGCGUUUAGCAGUCACACUAUUCUCCGUAAUACUGCCAAACCAGCUCUGUGUCAAAUCCGUCCGUCUCCCUCUCUUUCCAAGUGCUUCACGUUUCCAUCCCUCUCUUUCUCUCUGUCCCCCGCUCACCCUUUCUUGGCUUGUUCUCUCUUUUUCUCCUUGUCCUUGGUGCUCAGGAGCAGAUGCAACGUAAUUCUGUUGUGUUUCCAGCAUGUGGUAUUCAAAAUGAAGAGACAAACUGUUUCUGUGGAGUCAAAUUAAUAAUUCUAUAUCAAUAUAUAUCAAGCCGUUAGCGAAACAUCAGUGGUGAUCCCUUCAGAACUCUCGGAGUCGCCACACGUUCCAGCAGAUCUUGGUGUUUCUGGGGGCCCUGGGCCCGCUGAGGAUCUGGCGUUCUGCUGGGAUGAAGCUGAAACACGAGGCCAACAGCAGUAGAUAUAUUCACAGAGAUAUUUGAUAAGAUUAAAGGACACGACUGCUCAAACAUCACGUCAACACACCGCACCAGUGGACAACACCUGAGCAGGAGCUUUUUAUUUUUAUUUUCUUUUCUAUAUGUGUGUGUGUGUGUGUGUGUGUGUGCGUGUGUGUGUGUGUGCGUGUGCGUGUGCGUGUGUGUGCGUGUGUGUACUUUCUUUCUUUAGUUUGUCACUAUGUCAAAGGGAAAAGACAGCACUGUUCCAGUUAAUGUAGGGACCGUGAACUCUCCUGCGUCUCUCAGGAUGUGACCGUAGGUAUGAACUGCGCAUUUAACAAACUCUGGCCUGAUCCUGGGAAACAGAAGACGUUGAACUCUAGUAAUCUCAUUUUCUCCACUCUAUUAACAGAACUAAACUCUGAAAAGAAAAUGUUUAAAUACGUUUGUGAAAUGUCUGAAUAUUUGAACCUCAUCCCAGUGCUAAAAGAGAUGUGUUUUUCCUAAUAAUCAUCCCUAUUAAUAAAAAAAGACGACCAGAGAAGUGAAAUGCCCUGAAUCAGACUCCAGAAAGCAGACGCUCCUGUUCAACACAGAGGAGACAAAAACGGGGUUUACUGUACCAGAGAGCGGUUUAGCAGCGUUCAUCCUCUGAUUUGGCAUCUGUGUGUGUGUCUGCGUGCACGACUGUGUGUGUGUGUGUGUGCGAAUGCGCGUCCAUCAUUUGCGUUCCUGUCCAGGUCGUCUGCUGCGUUUCUCCUCAGAUCCUUGUUCUUUCUAAAUGUUAUUGUAGAGUGUUCCAGUGAGAUGAAUCUGCAUUGGUGUAUAUUAACAGAAGGGAAUACAGUUGGUUAUAUACUUCUUACA